CAGCCUCUCCAAUCUAUCCUCGGGAUUUGUUGAUCAAUGCUCCAUCUCCACAAUUGAAUGAGAGCAAACUUCAGGUUUUUAUGAAUUUAUGAUUUACGAUUUUUUACCAUUUCCGGGGAUUUAAAUCAAUGGAGAAUGUGAUGACAUUUCAUUCCUAAAUGUCAUCCCCAUACGAUCGCAGAGGCGCACAGGCGCGUCGAGGAAAUCUCUCUUACUGGUUGCCACUUGCUUUCACCGUUACUGCAGCCGCAGUAGGUGUAGUAGCAUGGAUAUGGAGUACGAGAGGUGAUGAAGAUGACGAUGAUGAUAACAGACCCUUUCAACGUUCAGGAUCAGAAUAUGGCAACAGAAACUCAGAUGGCAGCCUUGGAACAGGCUCUUCUUCACACGCCGGCGAUUUGCGACCGGGUGAAUCUACGAGAGAUCAGCAACAACAACAACAACCACCACCACAACCUCGGCGUCCUGAUGAGUCCCAGGGUUACAUAGCUCAAAUGUCAGGUGCACUACAUAGAACACCUAGUCCACAGCAGUUUAUCAAUAGUGCUGGUAGAAGUCUUGCGGCUGGAGCCGCUGCUGUCGGUGGAGUUGUUGGGAGUGCUCUUUCUUCAAUCAGGGAGGAAGACAAACACGGAUUUGACGAUCAUAGAACAUGGCAGGAGGAAUCAGUUAUACGACGAAAUGCUGCCCCAAGCCCACCAGCAACUACAACAUCAGCCCCAGGGCCAAUCGAGCUGCGUUCUGAUAGCCCUGCAGGAGUGUCUGCAGGUGUUGCCCCAGCACCUCGAGCACCAGUCAGGAAUGGAAAGAGAAAGACUGUAGCCAUUGUAGUUUCUGCAGAGUCACAAGAUGAUGACGCCGCAUCCGAAGCAGGCUAUCAUCAUGAAUUUGCGGUUCGUUACUUUGAAGAUACUAGCCAGUAAUUACUAACGAUUUUCGUAGUCAAUCCUCUCCCAUCUUCCUCGCAAAACCGACUUCUCGAAAAUACGACUCUUCGUUCUAAUAUACGCACCAGGAUUAACGGAGCAUCCAUUGGACGCCGCAGGUGUGAAAGCAGGUGGAUCUCUCAGUUCCUCAUUUUCGAACAUUGGCCCUGGAGAUGUUCAUACACCGGGGGAAGAAAGCGACAGACAAUUGUAAGAAUAUUCCCCUUUACUUUGUUACAUAGUUCAUUAGCUAAUAAACUUUAGAACCCCCAUGUUUCCUCCAAAGGGUUCGACGACUCCACUAGCAUUCGGCGCAAUCUAUAACGAGGCAUUAGGUUUAGUGGAAAAGGAGACCAUGGUCCUACCAUUCACCACCCCAACCGGUCAUGUUCAUAUCCUUCGCAAUAUCGCGCCUGAAUUCAUAUAUCUACAAGAAUCCCUGGCCGGAGAAAAUGGAUCGGUCAUCAACCAUCUACAAAGUUGGUUCCGGGAAGAUGUUGUCCUAAUUGUAGGCGCUGAUGGAGGCCACGGUGGACUCGCAGAUAGUGAAUCCGAAGCCGAGAGUCAAGUGUCAGGAACAAAAGAACAAUGGUGGGAAAGAGAAGAUAGAGUUGGUCUUGGAAGAGGUGUUGUUGUAGUAGAGGGAAAUCGUAUUGGAGAUUAUUGGGCUAGAAAGGUUCUUGGUGUGGAAUAAGCAAGCAGAUAGGCAGAUAAGCGGCGUCUUUCCUUUUUAUUUAUACCUUUGAUGUAUGGUUUUUUUUUAAGGAUGAAGGGUCAAUAUUGGGCUGGGAGCGUUGAGGUCAUAGGAUAUCUCUGAUGAAUUUGACUCGAAAAUAUUAUGUAUGAUUGAUAUCUUUUGAUAAAAUGCACAAGUCAUAAUUCCGUUGAACAU